UCAUAUAUUCAGAGAGAACGGAAUAAAGAAAAAAGAAAAACCCAUUAACAGCGUUGAAGAAGAAGAAGAAGCCAUGGCAAUGGCAAGUUUAGCAAGAAAGAAGGCCUUAUAUUUCAGUAGCAAUCUCUGCAAAUCUUCAUCAUCAUCAUUUAAAUAUUCGUUUUCAGUUUCAAGAGGUUUUGCUUCUGGAUCGGCUAGUGAUGAGAAUGAUGUUGUUAUCAUUGGCGGUGGUCCUGGUGGUUAUGUAGCAGCGAUAAAAGCUGCUCAAUUAGGUCUUAAGACCACUUGUAUUGAAAAACGUGGUGCUCUUGGUGGUACUUGUCUUAAUGUUGGUUGUAUCCCUUCUAAGGCCCUUUUACACUCCUCCCACAUGUACCAUGAAGCCAAGCAUGCAUUUGCUAAUCAUGGUGUUAAGGUUUCAAAUGUGGAAGUUGAUUUGCCCGCAAUGCUUGGUCAGAAAGAUAAAGCGGUUUCCAAUCUCACUCGAGGUAUUGAAGGCCUCUUCAAGAAAAACAAGGUAACAUAUGUCAAGGGUUAUGGUAAGCUUAUCUCUCCAUCUGAGGUCUCUGUCGAAACCAUUGAAGGGGAAAACACUGUUGUCAAAGGUAAAAACAUUAUAAUUGCAACAGGGUCAGAUGUGAAACCUCUUCCAGGUAUAACUAUUGAUGAAAAGAAGAUUGUUUCAUCAACCGGAGCUCUAUCUUUAUCAGAAAUCCCCAAGAAACUUGUUGUCAUUGGAGCAGGUUAUAUUGGUCUAGAGUUAGGUUCCGUCUGGGGCAGGCUUGGAUCAGAGGUGACUGUUGUUGAGUUUGCUUCUGACAUUGUCCCCUCCAUGGAUGGUGAGAUUCGCAAGCAAUUUCAGCGUUCCCUUGAAAAACAGAAGAUGAAGUUCAUGCUCAAGACUAAAGUGGUAGGAGUAGACACAUCAGGUGAAGGCGUUAAAUUGACAUUAGAACCAUCAGCUGGUGGAGAUCAGACCACACUCGAAGCGGAUGUUGUCCUUGUCUCUGCCGGUAGAGCUCCGUUUACAGCUGGUCUAGGACUAGACGAGAUUGGUGUGGAGAUGGAUAAAAUGGGUCGUAUCCCUGUUAAUGAGCGAUUUGGAACUAAUGUACCUGGUGUCUUCGCCAUUGGAGAUGUCAUUCCUGGACCCAUGUUAGCACAUAAAGCAGAAGAAGACGGAGUUGCAUGUGUGGAAUACAUAGCAGGAAAGGUAGGCCAUGUGGAUUACGACCUGGUGCCUGGGGUUUGUUACACACAUCCCGAGGUGGCUUCAAUUGGAAAGACAGAAGAACAAGUGAAGACUAUGGGAGUGGAGUACCGCGUCGGUAAAUUCCCUUUCAUGGCAAACAGCAGAGCCAAGGCAAUUGACAAUGCAGAAGGUUUGGUAAAGAUCAUUGCAGAAAAGGAGUCGGAUAAGAUUCUUGGAGUUCACAUCAUGUCACCGAAUGCCGGAGAGCUUAUCCAUGAAGCUGUAUUGGCUUUACAGUAUGGUGCUUCAAGUGAGGAUAUUGCUCGUACCUGCCAUGCUCAUCCAACUAUGAGCGAGGCCUUGAAAGAAGCUGCCAUGGCUACUUAUGACAAGGCCAUCCACAUCUAAGGAGGCACUAUCUUUGGUUCCUUCUUCCUACUUUUUGUCUAGUUUUCUUCUGUCUAUUGGAAUGAUUUUGUUAAAAUUGUCGCUUGACGAUUUUUCAUAAGAAAUGUCUGGUUUUUAACAAACCAAAACAAAUUACCCAUGUUCAUUGUUUUAUGGGAUCAAAAUUUUAAAUUGAGUUUGCACUUUUAAGAAUGUUCA